AUGGGAGAGUUAAGGGAAGACCUAAAUAAGAAGUUGAACUUAUGGAGAGAAACUCUGAAAGUGUAUGGUCUGUGCAUAAGCCGUAGCAAGACGAAAUAUAUGGAAUGUAAGUUCGGUCUGCGGAGAGAAAACCCUAAUAUAGAGGUGAAGAUUGGAGAAAACAUCAUACAAAAAGUCAAAAGUUUUAAGUAUCUUGGGUGCAUCAUACAGGAUAAUGAAGAGAUUGAACAUGAUGUAAAUCAUAGGAUCCAAGCAGGUUGGUCAAAAUGGCGGAGUGCAUCAAGUUUAUGUGACAAAACAGUACCUUUAAAACUUAAAGGUAAAUUCUACCGCACUGCUAUAGGACCGGCUAUGCUUGGUACAGAGUGUUGGACGGCCAAAGGGGAGCACGAACAUAAGCUAAGUGUGUCAGAGAUAAAGAUGUUGAGAUGGAUGAGCGGUCGUAUGCAAUUGGAUAAAAUAUGGAACGAAGAUAUAAGGGAGAGAGUUGGAGUAGCAUCCAUUGUGAAAAAGAUGGUAGAAUCACAUCUCUGGUGGUUUAGACAUGUGAGAAGAAGACCGACAGAGCACCUAGUUAGGAGUGAGAUGGAGGAUGGACAAGGGAUGAAAUGCAGGGGAAGAUCUAAAAAGACCAUCCAUGAGUUGGUCAAACGAGAUCUACAUCACUGUAAGCCUACACCACCGCCGCAAGGAGUGGCAUACUGCCGCGUCCGUCGCACUCAAAGUUCGCCAUCCGUCCGUCCAUCUAGCUUCCCUCGUGAUCCAAGUCUUCAACCCCUGUUCGCUGUCACCGAUCGCGGCUGCUUCCUCGAGCUCGGCGUCCGUCGUCUUUGUUUGCCCAGCCGCGCUUCCAUCGCCGUUUGUUUGCCGUUCACGUUCGCGUUCUUCGCCGUUCACGUUCGCGUUCUUCGCCGUUCACGUUCGCUCGGCGUUCACUGUUCGCGUUCACUCACCGUUCACCGUUCGAGUUCGCAUUCGUGUUCGUCUGGAAGCCACGUUGGUCUGCUUCAAACACUGCGACCAACCCGCGCGCUCCACCUAGCCGUCGAACUGCUCUCUUUUGUCGCCGCCGUGAGUUCCCUAAACCCGCCACCAGACAAUACACUCACACAACACCAAUACUCUGCUUCAAACUCUGCAACUUCUGAUUUCUAUUACAAUAAGGCGGAAUCAAAGUCCAAUCGCAAGUUAGAUAAAAAGGUUCAAUUUUACUCUAAGGUGAAAGAUGCUGUGGCUAGCUUGAGUGCUCAAAAGUCUAUUACUAAGAAAAAUAGUAAACAGCAAAGGCGGCAGAAGAAAAAAUUGAAGGCAUAUGAUCUCUCUGCUCUCUCAGAGUUCCUUCCUGAUCCUGAGCCGAAGGCACCACGGAAACCAGCUCCGCAGGAUGUCAAAGUUAAUUGUAAAUCUCGGCAAAAGAUACUAUUGAGGGAAGUGCAACAAUUUUCUGCAGUUCUAAACAAUCCUGACUUCAAAACAAAUCCCAGGUCUGCCAUGAAUGAACACUUACGGAGCACACUACCAGUUGCAGAGGAACAACGGCCCAAGAAGAAAGUGAACAAAAAUGGAUCCAAGAAGAAGAAGAAGUCAAAGGCUUCUUCAACCGGGCUAAUGUCUAUGGACAUGUAAUGGUUAUGUGUGACUACUAAAAUGAUCUUCUUUCUAGGUCUUCCUGUAAUUCAUUACUUUUACAAAAUGUUAGAAUACUCAAAUUGUGAAUGGAAA